AUGUUUCCUUUCAGGUUUGUUGAGGUUUAUCCCAAAGGAAAAGAUAUUGAUGAUCACUUGUCUCUCUUCCUCUGUGUUGCCAAUCCUCAAUCAUUGCGACUUGGAUGGAAAAGACGAGCCAGUUAUUCCUUUGUUCUAUUGAAUCACUCAGGCAAAGAGCUCUCCAGAAAAAGUGGAUGGGGUUUUCCAAAGGCCUUGCCUCUUAAACAGCUUCCAGAAGCUGGUCUAGAGAAGAACAAACUGAUAGUCAAAGUGGAAGUUAAAGUAGUUGAAGUUGUUGAUCAAGCAGAUGUCACUGGAAAGGAAACGUGUGAUUGUAGUGGUUUCCGAGUUCUUGAUUCUCAGGUUUUAUCAUUGAGUUGGAUUUUCGUGAAGCACCCGGACUUUGCAGUAAAUGUCAAACAAAAGAACCAACGGGUGAAGACAACUUACAUAAAUAUCCUCCUUGAUCUUAUCGAGACGCUGAACAAGCCUCCACAUAGCAUCUCCGAGACUGAGCUAAGCAACGCUCAAGGCGAGUUGAUCGAUCUAACAGAAGUAGGAUUCAAGCUAGACUGGUUGAAGAUAAAGCUUGAUGAGGUUUCCUUGGAGCGGAAGAAAUCAAAUGGUGAAGAUACUCAAGUCCAAGAACUCGAGGAACAUAUCAAGAAUCUCAACCUUGAGCUGGACAAGGAGAAGGCCAAGUCUGCUACUUCUGCUGCUAAAGUCUUGUCGAUGGAGCAGACGGUCUCGGAACUCAACGAUGAGGUGUUGAAUCUUAAAGAUGAGCUGAAUAAGGAGAAGGGCAAAUCUAAUACUUCUGCUGCUAAAGUUUGGUCUAUGGAACAGACGGUGUUGGAUCAUAAAGAUGAGCUGAACAAGAAGAAGCGCGAAUUUGCUGCUAAAGUUCUGUCGCUGGAACAGACAGUGUGGUAUCUUGAAGAUGUGUUGAACAAUGAGAAGGGUAAAUCAGAUACUUGUGCUGCUAAAGUUUUGGCGUUGGAACAGACAGUGUUGGAUCUUAAAGAUGAGCUGAACAAGGAGAAGGUCAAGUCUGCUAAAGUUUGGUCGUUGGAACAGACGGUGUGGAAUCUUAAAGAUGAGCUGAACAAGGAGAAGGUCAAGUCUGCUAAAGUUUUGACGUUGGAACAGACGGUGUUGGAUCUUAAAUAUGAGCUGAACAAGGAGAAGGGUGUUGUUUCCUCUUGGGAAGUGUUAGAUUACGCAUGA